CUGCUCCGGCCCCUCUACAGCAGCUGCUCCGGACUAUGGCAGAACAGCAGCCCGGGGCAACCCAGGACGGACAUCUACUACCAGUGUAUUUAGCCAAGCCGGGCACCAGCAGUCCCAAGCCCCGCCAGAAGUAUGGAGGCUUGUUCUGCAACGUGGAGGGUGCUUAUGAAAAUAAAACCAUCGACUUCGAUUCCUUGAGUGUGGGCAGGCGCAGCGCUCGGAGUAUGGGGAGAAAGGACGGCAGCCAGCUUUCCAUCGACUCCGACGGGUUGAGUGAGGCUGGGAGUGAUGUCAGUGAAAUGUCCGGCUCCUGUGAGCCUGUGGAUCGGGGCGAGCCGGAGGCUGGGCAGCUGGAUCAGUCCCCCUCUGCUCAGGGAGAAGACACUCUGCACACCUCUCACACUCAGAGUGACCGCUUACUUAUUAAAGGAGGGAAGAUAGUCAAUGAUGACCAGUCAUUUUAUGCCGAUAUUUACCUAGAAGAUGGGAUUAUCAAGCAACUUGGAGAUAACCUCAUUGUUCCUGGAGGUGUAAAGAUAAUUGAAGCCAAUGGACAGAUGGUCAUACCUGGUGGAAUUGACGUCCACACUCAUCUGCAGAUGCCAUGCAUGGGCAUGAACAGUGCUGAUGACUUCUAUCAAGGAACCAAAGCGGCACUGGCAGGAGGAACCACUAUGAUAAUGGAUCAUGUCCUUUCCGAACCCGAACCUGGAUCCAGCCUUAUCUCUGCCUACGAGCAAUGGAGAGAAUGGGCUGACAGCAAGUGCUGUUGUGACUAUUCUUUACAUGUCGAUAUUACACGUUGGCACGAAGGCCUGCGCGAAGAGAUGGAAACUUUGGUCAAAGACAAAGGUGUGAACUCCUUCCUUGUGUUCAUGGCAUACAAGGACAAAUAUCAGUGCAGUGACGCACAGAUAUAUGACAUCUUCAGCAUCAUCCGAGAACUGGGUGCUAUAGCACAGGUGCAUGCUGAGAAUGGAGACAUCAUUCAGGAGGAGCAAAAGCGAAUGUUGGAGCUCGGAAUUACCGGACCAGAGGGACAUGUUCUUAGUCGACCUGAAGAGGUUGAAGCAGAAGCAGUGUAUCGUGCAAUCACUAUCGCAAGCCAAGCCAACUGCCCUUUGUACGUCACCAAAGUCAUGAGCAAAAGUGCUGCUGACGUCAUUGCUCAAGCGCGCAAGAAAGGUGCAGUUGUAUAUGGAGAGCCUGUCACAGCAAGCCUGGGGACUGAUGGAUCUCACUACUGGAGUAAGAACUGGGCAAAGGCUGCUGCCUUUGUCACCUCCCCUCCACUCAGCACUGACACGACUACCCCUGAUUACUUAAAUUCCCUCCUCUCCUGUGGCGAUUUGCAGGUUACAGGCAGUGCUCACUGUGCUUUCACCACUGCCCAGAAAGCCAUCGGGAAAGAUGACUUCCGACUGAUCCCAGAGGGAGUUAAUGGUAUUGAAGAAAGGAUGACCAUUGUUUGGGAUAAGGCUGUGAUUACAGGAAAGAUGAAUGAGAAUGAAUUUGUAGCAGUUACAAGCACAAAUGCUGCAAAAAUCUUCAAUCUUUACCCCAGAAAAGGCCGAAUUGCUGUUGGUUCCGAUGCUGAUUUAGUUAUCUGGGAUCCAGAAGCCGUCAAAAUCAUUUCAGCAAAGACCCAUAAUCUGGCAAUUGAGUACAACAUCUUUGAAGGGAUGGAAUGCCAUGGUGCUCCUUCAGUGGUUGUAAGUCAAGGUAAAAUAGUCUUUGAAUACGGGACGAUUCAUGCCACAGAGGGAACUGGACGCUUCAUUCCCAAAAAAACAUUCCCGGACUACGUUUACAAAAGAAUAAAAGCAAGAAGCAAGCUGGCUGAAAUCCGAGGUGUUCCAAGAGGGAUAUAUGAUGGUCCUGUCCAAGAUGUUACUGUGGUUCCCAGAGCCAUGACACCAAUUCCAUCUGCUCGGAUGUCUCCAGCUAAACAACCUGUUCAGCCUCCACGAAACCUUCACCAAUCUGGGUUCACUCUGGCUGGUUCCCAGGCCGAUGACCACAUUCCUCGCCGUCCCACCCAGCGCAUCAGUGCACCCCCUGGUGGCCGUUCAAACAUUACAACUCUGGGCUGAAUUUCAUCCUGAUGAAUCUGAUUGAAGUGAUAAUCUCAGAGCCCUAAUAUUGCUGCAGGUUUUGUCAUCUGAGGCUCAGAUAUAUCCUAACAAGCAGCAGAGUGCAGUACAGUAUUUUCUGCAAAAGAUGGUCAUGGCGUCAUUGCCUUUAGCUGAUAAAUGAUGCAUUUGUAAACUUUUUGAUCUGCCAAAUAAUUCAAGAGGUACCGUUUUUGUAUUGUAAAAAACCCCAUUAAUUUAUAUUAAUAUUUGAUUUAAUUGGGAUGUAAUACACAUUGAGACAACUAUUGUUUCACCAUUGUGACUAUGUAAAGUUGUAUUUGUGUUCAUUUGAAAGCAUGAUAGUGAUAUUGAAGGUAAUGUGACAUUUACUUUGUAUUUCCACAGGAAUGUGACAGUAUAAAACAAUGUAACACACACACAUCGGUUGUAAAGAUUUAAAAAUAUUUGAAUAACUUUCUACAGCCACUUGCCAGAAGUAACUUAAACUACAGAGGUGCAGGCUGAUAUUUCUUAGGUAUGCACUGCUACAGGGUAAUCAUUCAAAGUUUUUGACAAUUAGCAAGACUACAUUAUAGUGAACCAAAAAGGUAUAAUUUUCCUGACACAUUAUGUAAAGGUGCAUUUUUAUGUUUUAACUUUUAACAUAGCUGUGGAAAUGUGUUAAGUGUUGUUGGUGAUGACCUAGUAAUAUUGGAAUGGCUGCAUUUGAGAAGAGGUAUUGGGCUACCUGUUUCACCCUAUUACUCUGGGCAGUGAAUUGACAAGAUUAAAUCAUGCAGUCAUCUAGAGCCUUGUCUGUUUUCAUUCCCUUGUAAAUGAUGGCAAUGAAAAUCAAAGGUCUUCAGUGAUAAUCUGCCCAAAGAAAGAAGGUGAAACUUAGUCCCAGUGUAUCUGAAUUGCUUCUGCUUGCCGUACCAUUCCGUUGCUUUCCACCUGUACUGGAAACCAUUGUGCAUAAAAUAAGACUGUGUUACCGCUGACUUGGCUUAGUGUAUUAAAGUAAUCAUUUUUAGUUUACUGAACCAGCCAACCGUAUAAUUCCAGUUAGUGCCAGUGCAAGUGAAGUAAAUGUUGUACUGAUUUACUCAAUAGAAAAGUCCGGCUCUCUGUCUUUUGCUAGCCUUAAUAAGUUGGAUUUCACACAGAGAUCCAGAAACUUCAAAAUAUUGGUCUUUGUACAAAGCAAAUUGUAAUUCCUUUAAAUGCCAGUGCUGUUGUAUGUUUAACAUGUUUUUGCUUGAAUGUCAUUAAGAUAAAUUAAAAAUUUGGGAAGGAUUAAAUAGUUGAAA